CCCCGCCUCCAAGGUGGCGGCGCCCAGUGCCCCGGGCUGCGACUCGCCUCGGCUCAACCUGGAAUUAUAGCGCUGACAGUUGCCGGUGCCAUGGACCGGCCGGGGUUCACGGCGUCGCUGGUGGCUGGUGGAGUAGCAGGUGUCUCUGUUGACUUGAUAUUAUUUCCUCUGGAUACCAUUAAAACGAGGCUGCAGAGUUCCCAAGGGUUUCACAAGGCUGGUGGUUUUCAUGGAAUAUAUGCUGGCGUUGCUUCUGCUGCUAUUGGAUCCUUUCCUAAUGCUGCUGCCUUUUUUAUCACCUAUGAAUAUGUGAAAUGGUUUUUGCACACUGAUUCAUCUUCAUAUACGAUGCCUGUGAAGCAUAUGUUGGCUGCCUCUGCUGGAGAAGUGGUUGCCUGCCUGAUUCGAGUUCCUUCUGAGGUAGUUAAACAGAGGGCACAGGUUUCUGCUGCUUCGAGAACAUUUCAAAUUUUCUCUAACAUCUUAUAUCAAGAGGGCAUCCGAGGAUUGUAUCGAGGCUACAAAAGCACAGUUUUAAGAGAGAUUCCUUUCUCAUUGGUCCAGUUUCCCUUGUGGGAGUCCUUAAAAGCCCUCUGGUCCUGGAGGCAAGAUCGUGUGGUGGAUCCUUGGCAGUCAGCAGUCUGCGGAGCGUUUGCAGGUGGAUUUGCUGCUGUGGUCACCACCCCUCUGGAUGUGGCCAAAACAAGAAUCAUGUUGGCGAAGGCCAGUUCCAGCACCGCGAGUGGGGACGUCCUCUCUGCCCUGCACGGGGUCUGGCGGACGCAGGGGCUGUCGGGAUUAUUUGCAGGUGUCUUCCCUCGAGUGGCAGCAAUCAGUCUGGGAGGUUUCAUCUUUCUUGGUGCUUACGAUCAAACGCACAGCUUGCUGUUGGAACUCGGCAAAGAGAGCCCAUGAAUCACGCCCACAUCCCCUCGUCCAGGAGGGGCCUGCUGUGAGCGUGUCCCUCCAGGCCAGCCGGCUCGGCCCUCCGAGGGAGCCCAGCUCUGCAGAUGGCACAGGAGCGCGUGCCCCUGCUGCGGCCGGCUGGGCUGUCAGCAUUCUGCCAGGGCGCUGAGAGCAAGCAUGGCAGCGCUGUGGACGCCUUUCUCAGAACUCCUUAAUAAACAUGCUCAGGGAUGCUGAGU